AUGCAGUCUUACGUGGCUGAGCACAGUUCAUCAGACGUUCCCCUCAGUCCCCUUGAGCACACACCAGGUCCCCCAGAGUCCGAGGAGGACAGGUAGUUGGUUUCACUAGGAUUUUUGAUACUCCUCUUCAGAGAGAGAUGUGUUGAAUCUAUGAGCCUCAACCACUGUGCUGAUCAGGGCUGCUGCUCUGACAAUACUAGACAGGAAUCCUCCUCCUCUUCCCUCCUCCCCUCCCCCUCCUCCUCCCUCGUCCUCCUCUUCGUCCUCCUCACCCAGGACCCAGCCAUCCCUAGACUCCACACUCCUUCUCUGGGCUUCAGGAGUGAGUCAGGGCCCUCUCCUCCUCUCCUCCCUUCCUCCCUUCCUCACCUCCUCUUCACCUCUGCUCCCCUUGUAGCAUGCGUCAGAAUUCACUCAAGUACACUCACACACAGGCAUGCUUUCGCAGACAGACCACACCUGUACACCUCGAACCUCACGUUCACUACAUUCCUCAGCGUACUCCAGUUGAGGAGAGAGCGGCUGUUCCCUAUUAGAAGAUGAACUGGAUAGAUUCCACCCAGGUCACAAUGUUAUCUUUGACAGUUAGCGUAACUACAUAACACAGGACCACAGUGUGAAUCAUUAGGACCCGCACUGUCCUGCCCUGUCCCUGCCCUGGGCUGGGUUGUGUUCAUGUGGGCUGUGUGUGCAUGCCUGGGUGCAUGCGUGUGUGUGUGUGUGUGUGUGUGUGUCUUCUCUCAGACUGAGGCAUCUUCAGGGCAUGUGAACCGACAGCAGGGGAGGGGAGGAAGGUUAAGAUGUGUGAGACUUUAUCAGUGGAAACUCCGUCAGAGCACGCUCACGCUGUCAACGUGAGCAAACACAGACACACACCUUGCACGCACAAACAACCCCCACUGCGUCCUGCACUCAACACACCUCCAAUGGUAGGAUCCCAUUACAUACGCUACACACACACAUACUGUCAUACACGGAGAGGACUUCUAAAAGAGGAGCAGAGCACUCUUAGGUUCUACUAUCAGGACCCGUAAAAUCAGCUAAAAGCCAAUCCUCCCUGUCACUGCUACACGUAAACUCACACACACACACACACAAUACACCACCAUCAUAUACUCUCUCCACUCCCUACAAUACAGGACCCCCACUCCCACUAUUAACAUUACUCAACCUCAGUCCUCUGCACUGUUGUUCAAACAUGCAAUUACUAACAGAUUGCUUGGUUUACCUUGCAGUGCCAUGGGUGCGUGUGUUCGCCACAGUCUAGUAUAGUCUGAUGGAUAGAUUGUAUGAAUGGGGGGAAAAAAGCACUAAUCCUGCUCCAAACCAAAUUACUAUUUGUGAUCAUUGGCUCAUGAUGUGCACGUAUGCACACAGGCUGCUGAUGGGAGGACGGCUCAUAAUAAUGGCUGGAACGGAGCAUGUGGAAUGGCAGCAACCACAUGGAAACCAUGUGUUUGAUGUAUUUGAUACCAUUCCACUAAUUCUGCUCCAGCCAUUACCACGAGCCCAUCCUCCCCAAUUAAGGUGCCACCAUUCCAGCUUCAUGACUACCUGAUGAAGCUGGUUGAGAGAAUGCCAAGAGUGUGCAAAGAUGUCAUCAAGGCAAAGGGUGGCUAUUUGAAGAAUCUCAAAGAUAAUAUAUAUUUUGAUUUGUUUAACACUUUUUUGGUUACUACAUGAUUCCAUAUGUGUUAUUUCAUAGUUUCGAUGUCUUCACUAUUAUUCUACAAUGUAUUCUACAACGGGGGCAGAGGGAACACUUAUAGACGUGAGUAAACAGGGCCUCCGCAGUUUGCAGGGCCGUGGUGAGACCGGGCAGAGGAAGGAGGCGGCAGGACUUGGAAAAGCAGUCCACAACGACCAGGAUGGUGGUGUUACCUUGGGAGAGGGGAAGAUCAGUCAAAAAAAUCAACACUUAGGUGAGACCAUGGUCGUUGUGGAACUGGUAAAUGUUGUAACUUACCCGAUGGGAAGUGCCUAGGUGCCUUACUCUGGGCGCACACCGAGCAGGAGGAGACGUACACCCUCACGUCUUUAGCCAAGGUAGGCCACCAGUACUUUCCGGUCAGGCAGCGCACUGUACGACCGAUACCUGGGUGACCAGAGGAGGGUGACGUGUGUGCCCAGAAGAUCAGCCGAUCACGGAUAAGAGCAGGCACGUACCGCAGCCCAGCUGGACACUGAGGUGGAGAUGGAUCUGUGCGUAAUGCCUGCUCUAUAUCCGCGUCCAUCGCCCAUACUACCGGCGCCACAAUGGAGGAGGCCGGGAGUAUGGGGGUGUUGUCUCUGGGCCUCUCCUCUGUGUCAUACAGCCAGGACAGUGCGUCUGCCUUCACGUUCUUCGUACCCGGAAUGUAUGACAGUGUAAACUCAAACCGGGUGAAGAAUAGGGCCCACCUGGCCUGGAGAGGAUUCAGCCUCCUCGCUGCCCGGAUGUACUCCAGGUUACGGUGGUCCGUCCAGACGAGGAAAGGGUGUUUCGCCCCUUCGAGCCAAUGCCUCCACACGGUCAAAGCUCGGACAACAGCCAACAGCUCCCGAUCACCAACGUCAUAGUUCUGCUCCGCCGGACUGAGCUUCUUAGAGAAGAAGGCAUAGGGGCGGAGCUUGGGUGGCGUGCCAGAGCGUUGAGAUAGGACAGUGCCUAUCCCUACCUCAGAAGCAUCCACCUCCACUAUGAACGGUAGUGAUGGAUCGGGGUUGGCCAGUACCGGGGCUGAGGUGAACAGACCCCACAGUCUACUGAAGGCCAGGUCAGCCUCAGCAGACCAGCCCACCCUUCAACAGGGAUGUAAUGGGAGCUGUGAAGCCAAGGAAGCGCUGCACCUCCUUAACCGUGGUUGGAGUUGGCCAAUUACGCACGGCUGAAAUGCGAUCUCCCUCCAUCUCCACACCUGAGGUGGUAAUGCGGUAUCCGAGGAAGGAGACGGACUGCUGGAAAAACAUACACUUCUCUGCCUUGGCGUAAAGGUAAUUUUCCAACAGUUGGGCCAGCACUUUGCGAACCAGGGACACAUGCUCGGCGUGCGUGGCGGAAUACACCAGGAUGUCAUCGAUGUAGACCACCACACCGCGACCAAGCAUGUCCCGAAACACCUCGUUCACAAAGGACUGGAAGACGGAUGGAGCAUUCAUCAAACCGUAGGGCAUCACCAGGUAUUCAUAAUGCCCCGUGGUUGUGCUGAAUGCUGUCUUCCACUCAUCCCCCUCCCGAAAACGCACCAGGUUGUAUGCACUCCUGAGAUCUAAUUUGGUGAAGAAGCGCACCCCAUGCAUUGACUCAAUCACUGAAGGAAUGAGGAGGAGAGGAUAGCUAAAUCUUAUCGUCUCCUUGUUCAGUGAUCGAUAAUCAAUGCACGGGCGCAGACCGCCGUCUUUCUUCUUCACAAAGAAGAAACUUGAGGAAGCGGGUGAAGUGGAGGGACGUAUAUACCCCUGGCCCAGGGACUCGGUGACGUAUGUUUCCAUGGCCUCCUUUUCAGCCUGCGACAGGGGGUACACAUGACUCCUGGGAGGUACAGAGUCUACCCGAAGGUUUAUCGCGCAAUCCCCCGCCCAAUGAGGUGGUAAUUCUGUCGCCUGCGUCUUUGAAAACGCGUGCGCCAGAUCGAGGGGAAUGCGCAUGGUGGAGGUACCGUCUGGACUUUCCACCAUGGUUGCACCAACGGAAACACCUAGACACCUACCCUGACACUCUUGCAACCACCCCGUGAGAACCCUCUGUGGCCAUGAGAAGGUGUGGUUGUGGAGUGCUAGCCAAGGGAUACCUAAUACAUUACAUUUUUACAUUUUAGUCAUUUAGCAGACACUCUUAUCCAGAGCGAUUUACAGUUAGUGAGUGCAUACAUUUUUCAUACUGCCCCCCCGUGGGAAUCGAACCCACAACCCUGGCAUUGCAAGCGCAAUGCUCUACCAACUGAGCUACAGGAGGCCCAAUACCACAGCGAAAGCAGGAGACUCAAUAAUAGAAAAAGUAACCUGCUCACAAUGAGUCUCCUGGGUGAUCAUGGUGACUGGUACAGUAACUUCCUUAACAAACCCGGACCCUAAUGGUCGACUAUCAAGUGCUCUGAUGGGGAGUGGAAUGGAUAGGGGAACCAAUGAAAUGCCUUGACGGCGUGCAAAUGCCCUGUCCAUAAAGUUCCCAGCUGCGCCUGAAUCGACUAGCGCCUUACACUGGGAAACUACCAGGUGAUCGGGAAAGGAGAUAGAUAAGGUACAGUGCGCCGCUAAGGGCUCUGAACAAGUUUGGGUGUUCGUUACCUGGGGUGAUGCGUGAGUACACUGCCUACCGCCUCCAGACCCAAAGGAACAUUGACUGCGACGUGAGGUGGAUUGCCCCUUCGUGCCACCAGAGUGGCACUGUCGCUGUCCUCCUGCGCUCUCUCGACCGGCGGCUCCCCCCAGCUCCAUCUGCUCGGGGGCAGAGUCGUCCGGAGUGGGAACGGGCAGACCCUACCAGGACGUCCUCUGGCUGCUAGCAGAUUGUCCAGCCGGAUGGCCAUGUCCACCAGUUGGGAGAACGAUAGCAUGGCAUCACGGCAGGCUAGCUCCCGUCGGACGUCCUCCCUUAGGUGGCACCGGAAAUGGUCGGUCAGGGCCCGCUCAUUCCACCCAGACCCUGCUGCCAGCGUCCGGAACUCCAGCACGUAGUCCUGUGCGGUCCUCGUCCCCUGCCUCAGAUGGACCAGUCGUUCGCCCGCCUCUCGACCCUCAGGCGGGUGAUCGAAAAUGGCCCAAAAGAGGCGAGCAAACUCCCCGUAGUCCUCGUUCCACACCGCGUUGGCCCACUCCAGGGCUCUCCCACAAAGGCAGGAAAUGAGGACGGAUACCUUCUCCCGCUCCAGUGGCGCCGGCCUGAUGCUGGAGAAAUACAACUCUAGUUGGAGCGGAAAAUCCCUUACAUCGUGCUGCCGUCCCAUCAAACGCCGGUGGCCGGGAUAUCUGGAUCCCUCCAGGGGCUGGGGUGUAGGUGGUUGGAUCAGGUUGACCAGCUGGUCUCGAUAGAUCGGGUCCUCUCUUCUCCAGGCGUUGUACCACCUGAAGAACCCGAUCCAUCGCUUCUCCCAAGCUGGCCAGCAUCGAGGAAUGCUCCUGGACCCUUGCCACAACUCCAGGCAUGCGGUCUUCUCCUGCUGACUCCAUUCAGCGGGUGAGUGAUUCUGUGAUGAGGUGUGAAUGAAGGAGUCAGGUGCAGGAGGUAAAACACCGAAGUCCAGAGUUUAUUCCGUUUACAUAAAUAAAACGCACCCAGCGUCAAAACAAAACUAUCACAAGGGAAAUAUUCCACCUUAGCAAUAACAAAUGGAAGAGUAGCUCAACCGAGCUCCUCGCACUCACAAUGAAACAAUCACUCACAAAGACAAGGGAAACAGAGGGAACACUUACAGUGGGGAAAAAAAGUAUUUAGUCAGCCACCAAUUGUGCAAGUUCUCCCACUUAAAAAGAUGAGAGAGGCCUGUAAUUUUCAUCAUAGGUACACGUCAACUAUGACAGACAAAUUGAGAAAAAAAAAUCCAGAAAAUCACAUUGUAGGAUUUUUUAUGAAUUUAUUUGCAAAUUAUGGUGGAAAAUAAGUAUUUGGUCACCUACAAACAAGCAAGAUUUCUGGCUCUCACAGACCUGUAACUUCUUCUUUAAGAGGCUCCUCUGUCCUCCACUCGUUACCUGUAUUAAUGGCACCUGUUUGAACUUGUUAUCAGUAUAAAAGACACCUGUCCACAACCUCAAACAGUCACACUCCAAACUCCACUAUGGCCAAGACCAAAGAGCUGUCAAAGGACACCAGAAACAAAAUUGUAGACCUGCACCAGGCUGGGAAGACUGAAUCUGCAAUAGGUAAGCAGCUUGGUUUGAAGAAAUCAACUGUGGGAGCAAUUAUUAGGAAAUGGAAGACAUACAAGACCACUGAUAAACUCCCUUGAUCUGGGGCUCCACGCAAGAUCUCACCCCGUGGGGUCAAAAUGAUCACAAGAACGGUGAGCAAAAAUCCCAGAACCACACGGGGGGACCUAGUGAAUGACCUGCAGAGAGCUGGGACCAAAGUAACAAAGCCUUCAAUCAGUAACACACUACGCCGCCAGGGACUCAAAUCCUGCAGUGCCAAGACGUGUCCCCCUGCUUAAGCCAGUACAUGUCCAGGCCCGUCUGAAGUUUGCUAGAGUGCAUUUGGAUGAUCCAGAAGAGGAUUGGGAGAAUGUCAUAUGGUCAGAUGAAACCAAAAUAUAACUUUUUGGUAAAAACUCAACUCGUCGUGUUUGGAGGACAAAGAAUGCUGAGUUGCAUCCAAAGAACACCAUGCCUACUGUGAAGCAUGGGGGUGGAAACAUCAUGCUUUGGGGCUGUUUUUCUGCAAAGGGACCAGGGCGACUGAUCCGUGUAAAGGAAAGAAUGAAUGGGGCCAUGUAUCGUGAGAUUUUGAGUGAAAACCUCCUUCCAUCAGCAAGGGCAUUGAAGAUGAAACGUGGCUGGGUCUUUCAGCAUGACAAUGAUCCCAAACACACCGCCCGGGCAACGAAGGAGUGGCUUCGUAAGAAGCAUUUCAAGGUCCUGGAGUGGCCUAGCCAGUCUCCAGAUCUCAACCCCAUAGAAAAUCUUUGGAGGGAGUUGAAAGUCCGUGUUGCCCAGCGACAGCCCCAAAACAUCACUGCUCUAGAGGAGAUCUGCAUGGAGGAAUGGGCCAAAAUACCAGCAACAGUGUGUGAAAACCUUGUGAAGACUUACAGAAAACAUUUGACCUGUGUCAUUGCCAACAAAGGGUAUAUAACAAAGUAUUGAGAAACUUUUGUUAUUGACCAAAUACUUAUUUUCCACCAUAAUUUGCAAAUAAAUUCAUUAAAAAUCCUACAAUGUGAUUUUCUGGAAAGAAAAUUCUCAUUUUGUCUGUCAUAGUUGACGUGUACCUAUGAUGAAAAUUACAGGUCUCUCUCAUCUUUUUAAGUGGGAGAACUUGCACAAUUGGUGGCUGACUAAAUACUUUUUUCCCCCACUGUAUACAUAUACUAAUUAGGGGAAUGAGCACCAGGUGUGUGUGAUUGACAAGACAGGACAUGACAAGUGGGGUGAUGAGAAUGGGAUCGGCAGUAGCUAGUAAGCCAGUGACGACGAACGCCGAAACCUGCCCAAACAAGGAGGGGAGGCAGCCUCGGCGGAAGUCAUGACACUCAGGGAGGGAGGGAGAAAUAGUGUUUGUUUUAUUAUUAUUGUAUUUAUUUAUACAUUAAAACAUUUUCAAACAGACAGACAAUAACAGCAAAAGUAUAGUACGAAUUAGUGUUUGUAUUAGACUUGUUGCACUGGUUUGACUCAACGUUUUUCAUGCAGCCAUACUGUAUGGACUAGAGAGGGUGUGCUGUUUUUGGUGAGCGUCAGAUCGGAGCAUGUGUCCUAGCACCUGUAACUUAGCUGAUUGAAUCAUCAAACAGUCAUAUCAUAUCACCAGGUUGUAUUGAUUUGAUUUGGUGUUGGGAGGCUGGGAUACCGAUGUCUUCCGCAGCUUGUGCCUUGUAACCCGAGAGCAGACUACUAAAGCUCUUAGAUCUUGGAGAUGUCGAAGUUCUUGGGUGCCAACUGCUGUGCUGUCCUGGGGAGUCGGUGAGUCGGUCCCAUCUCCCUUCCCUCCCCGUCCCCUUACGCACUCUCAAUCUUACAUGGACUUCCGCAUCACAAACACACACACACACAUCCUACAUGUCUUUCUGCAGCACACACGCACAAUCUUACAUUGCCGCAUGCGGCACACAAUCAAUGGUACAUUGUCUUCCGUGACAUCCAGCCCCUGACCGGAACAUAAGGUUAUCUUAUCUGUACGUCAGUGACAUUGGGGUAUAUCUACUCUUAACCUUUGACAGCAUUUUAUGGACCCUGCCUUGUGACUGAAACCCUGGAAAAUCCCAGUAACAGAGGAGAGCUACUGAAGCAGGUUUAUAGGGGGAUUAAAGGAGGGAGGCUCGCUGACGCACUUGAGAAGGGAAUGCGUGCCCAGUUAGCUUAAUACAAGGGCCUGUGUGUGAGUGUGUGAGUGUGUGAGUGCGUGCGCACGUGUGUGUGCGUGCUCGGCCAAACAGCCUCGCUCCCACACACACCCAUCAGAUAAGGCAGGGGCCCCUGUAGUCAGGUGAUGUAAAGAAAGUGUACAAAGGGCCCCCUCCGUUUCUGUAGGACCAAGGCACCGGCCUGGGUCUCCCUGCGAAAUUGCAGGCUUUGUGGGUCUUUUGAAGAACAGGUGGUUUUGUGUGUCUCUCCCUCCAUGAGGAUUUCCCUGUUCUACAAGGAAAUGACAGAGAAAAUACCAAUUUUAUAGGCCUGUGAUGAGAGGCCCACUAUAACUGUACUGUCUGCUUGCUCUCAGGGCUCAGGGCUCUGAACAGCUCUGAUGGCUGUGUGUGUGUGUGUGUGUGUGUGUGUGUGUGUGUGUGUGUGACAGUUUAAAUAUGGCUCCCAAUCAGAGACAACGAGCCAACAGCUGACACUCGUUACCUCUGAUUGGGAGUCACUCACACAAAGAAAUACAAUAACCUAGACCCACAACAAAACAUAGAAACUAACACCCUGGCUCAACAUACGAGAGUCCCCCGAGCCAGGGCGUGACAGUACCCCCCCCUAAAGGCGCGGACUCCGACCGCGCCAACGAAACACAACAGGGGAGGGACCGGGUGGGCACUCCGCCUAGGCGGCGGAUCCGGCUCCAGUGGAACAGGCACGUGCCGUGCCGAACCGACGACGCACACCACUGGCUUGGUGUGGGGAACAGGCACGGGCCGGACAGGGCUGACGAAACGCCCCACAGACUUGGUGCUGGGAGCAGGAGUGGGCCGGACUGGGCUGGCGACGCGCACCACAGACCUGGUGCGGAGAGCAGGAACGGGCAGAGCCGGGCUGACGAGACGCACCACAGACUUGAUGCGGGGAGCAGGAAUGGGCCGGACUGGGCUGGCGACGCGCACCACAAACCUGGUGCGGAGAGCAGGAACGGGCAGAGCCGGGCUGACGAGACGCACCACAGGCUUGAUGCGGGGAGCAGGAAUGGGCCGGACUGGGCUGGCGACGCGCACCACAGACCUGGUGCGGGGAGCAGGAACGGGCAGAGCCGGGCUGACGAGACGCACCGUAGACUUGAUGCGGAGAGCAGGCACGGGCCGUGCCGGACUGACGACGCACACCACUGGCUUGGUGCGGGAAGCUUGGAUGGGCCGGACUGUACUGGGGACACACACCACUGGCCCUACACCGGGAUCUGGAACGGGCCGGACCGGACUGGCAACACACGCCAGUACUUCUCGCCGUGCCUCUACUUCCUCCAUCCCCUCUUCGACCAGUGGCCCCCGUAACCCGGCGGCCUUCUCCGGCAACCCACUGGGCCGCUCUAUCGCGGCCUCCUGCUGGUCCGACGUCGUGAGCCCCCCCCUAAAAAUGUUCGGGGCGUCUCUCCUACCCGUGGACCAGGUCUCCAUAUCCCUCGCCAGCUUCUCGCCCUUCUGCCAUAAGGUCAAGCCCCUCUCUUCCUCACUCGGCUUGACCCAGUCCAGGAGGCGAAGGAGAUCUGUGAGGGAUCUCCCUGGCGAUGGCUCCUGGACACGCUGCUUGGUCCCAUCUUGGUGGUUUCUUCUGUCACGAUCGUCUAAUGAGGACCAAUGCGCAGCGUUGAAGGUGAACAUCUUUUAUUAGAUAAAUGAUCACACGAUCAAAAUAACAAACGAAACGUGACGUCUACAGUUGAACACAACCCAACGAGAACAAGAAACCACAAACACCACGUGAAAACCGACAGUUUAAAUAUGGCUCCCAAUCAGAGACAACGAGCCAACAGCUGACACUCGUUACCUCUGAUUGGGAGUCACUCACACAAAGAAAUACAAUAACCUAGACCCACAACAAAACAUAGAAACUAACACCCUGGCUCAACAUACGAGAGUCCCCCGAGCCAGGGCGUGACAGUGUGUGCAGUUAUGUGUGUUGUGCUUGUGUGUGUUGGUUUUGUUAAUUUGAAGGCGGUGCAGAGUUCGUUAAAUAUGUGAUAAUGUACUGUACACACCUGGAUGAGUAAUGCACCUUUUAGUCACAAUAUAUUUCUAUCCCUCUAAUUGUCUUAUUAAAUUAUCAUGACGGUACAUUGAAAGCAUGUGUUUGCAUGCUGUUUACCAUAGUCUACAAUAGCAUUGUUUAUACAUAGAUAUUUCCUUCUAUUUUGUUUGUUUGUGUGUUUGGUGUGGAAAUGGUAACUGAGACAGCUGUGUUGUGAAGCAUUCAUAGAACAACGUCCUGUGUUGGAAAGCAUUUGUAUGUGAUCAAUGGAAAAUGUGAAUAUUCCUAUUAAUGAGGCUUAUUGUAUGGCAGGGUGUUGUUGUCCAUAAGAGCUGGCUAUCUUUGUUUCUGUGCCCAACACUGUGCCCAAAAUCCUGAGUGACACAUACUGUCAUACCCCCACCCCACUCAACUCCCCAGCCCAGUGUUCUCACAACAUGCCCCCAUUGUCAAAUGUCAUCCCACGAGUCAGUGUAGCAGACUGAGGGCUUUUCCACAUUUUCUACUUCAUUUCACGAUUUCCUCUAAAUAUUUUAUAGUUCCCCACUGAUAAUUCGAUGACGCACUCUCAGGAACCGGGGGAUUUGUCGUUCCAGGAAGGCGGAGAGAGGGGCUUUUGUGUGCUCCUGCCUGUGUUGUGUGGAGAAUUGGUGCAUGUGCGUGAGAGUGUGUGGGUGCGUGUGCGUGUGCGUGAUAGUGUGUGGGUGCUUGUGCGUGCGUGAGAGUGUGUGGGUGCGUGUGUGGGUGUUGCUCUGUGGGGUGUGCCUUGAUUCCUGGUCAUCCUCUUAAAUAUAGCAUUGUAUCUGGGCAGCUGAUGACAGCAGAGCUGACUGCACACACUAGUUUGAGCUCCACACUGUUUUAGCGUUUGAGAUGCACAAAGACAAAAGAUACAUGAUUUGAAAAGUGCCUUCCUUUUGUCGUCCAUAAAGUUCAGCUGCAUUAACUUUGGUCCGAGAUCAGAUUCAACCGAGGAGACCCUCUACGUUCGAUCGUUAUUACCCGAAAAGAUUUGCCUACUUUUAUCUUCAGGCCCAGAGCACCACAGUCUCACACACGUGCCUGGUGGCCCAUUCGGACAGGAGGAGAAGUGUGACUUAGUACAGAAAGUUUCCAUAACUGGGACACACCAAGCCAGGAGGAGCUUUGGGUUUCAGCCAGAGCAUCAGGGUUGAUCGGGGCUCAGGGGCUUCCAUGGUUGAGGCGGGGAAAUCUGUCUCCCCAAAUCACCUUCUCCCAGUGGGACAGCCAGCUGUUCCCAGCUCCCUGCUCCCCUCAGCCCUCCUAAUGCAGUAACACACAUACACACACACACACACACACACACACACACAACCCAGCAACAGCAGCAUUCCUCUCUGCUGAGGUCACCUGGCUCCUCUCUCCCCUACAGCUCAAUUAUUGACUUUAUUUUCACUGGGAAGAAUGUACCCUUUCUUUGAUAAUAACUGUAUAUAAUAACUUGCAUUGUAUGUGUGUGUGCGCAUGUGUGUGUGUGCGUGCUUGCAUGCACACGUACGUGUGUGAGUAUGUGUGAGAGAGAAAAAGAGCAAGAAAGAGCAAGACAGAAACAUGACACAUCCUCCACAGACAAAUCACACAGCCCUCAGUCACUUCCUGGUUGUCUUUCUGAAAGGCUCCUCUGUGGAUUGGCUGGUUAGUCAGGCACACAGUGUACUGAGUGCCAGUCACUUACUAAUGAAAGUAAUAGAUGUAACGUUGGGGAAGGAUUUAAUUAGAUAAAAAUGGCUUGCUCUGAUGAUGUCACAGAUAACAUGCAUAUUUUGUAAUCCAAAGGUUAUUCACAUGUUUAAAGGGCCUGUCAUCAAAAUAUUGUUGUUAAGAUACUGUGACACCAGAGUACUGUGGGGGGUGUUCAUGUGAUUCUCUCUCUGUGUCCUGUAGAGUAUUGAACGUGAGGAGCCAAUAGAGGUGGAUCCAGCCCCUGUAUCCCCUGGACUGGAGAAUGGACACUCUACUGACCCAGGUAAUGGCUGUUCUAAUCUACCAUCUCAGCUACAGUAGAAAUACAGCCAUACUUGCCAUCCAUGUACUGUAUGAGGGGAUUUAUUUUCUCAAUGCUUGUCCAAUCAGAAAACUCAACAGUGUCACAUGGAAAGAGCUCACCAGCCAAUAACAAUGUCCCGUAUGAAAACACGGACCCUGUUGCCAUGCGGAUGCCACACCUACCCAUCACCGCCACAACCAAAACGGCUGACCCCUCAGUUAUGAAGAGUGAAUCUCCCACCAGUCCUGUACGCUCUCAGCCCUCGUCUGUAUCAGAGCCUACUGACAACAACCAGCCUCAAGCCAUCCCAGAAUUCCCCAUUCAACCAGGUAUGAGAGACCAGACAUCAGCUAAAAGCUGUCCAGACCAAAUAUUUGAACUCUCGACUUCUAUAUCCUUAUAUGGUUCUUCUGCUCCAUAAGCCAUAAUAUCCUUUGUUACACUUUGUAUUUUAUGUUGUUCAGUGUCUUCUAUGAAGACAUGGACCCCCAGUCUCAGCCGAGGUCUGGGCUCUCCUCGACUGUCAGGUAAGAGGGAUCUAACAAGUCAGGCUUGUUACUAGAACUGGAACUAACUAGACUCACACAAUGUUUUAUUCCCACAGUUUCCUUAUAUGUUCUUUGAUUUGUCAUUUGCAGAAAAGUCCUCGUCUGCUCCCCUGAAGUCAGUGACUUACUCUGGCCUCAUCCAACACAACACAGACAGGUGAGUGAACUAUUCUUUACUCAGUCCUAGAGAAUUGAGAUAGUCCAUGCUUUAACCCACAUGCGAUAACCCAUUUGCCAUUUGGAAUGGCCUCAUUGUGGCCCAAGUUGAUGUAUGACACUCCUCCGUUCUCCGACCUGCAGGGUGGAAGAUGCGGGCGGGGACAUGUCCUUUGGGAGGGGAGUGGAGCGGAGGCGGGAGCUGGUGAGGUCACAGACGUUGCCGCGCAACCUUGGAGCUCAGGCCCGCCGGUCCAUCUUUGAAAGGCUGGAUUCUGAAGCCAGCAGGUACCACCCUCUCUCCUCCCACCAUCUCUCUUUCUAUCCCAUCCAUCCAUCCCUAAACUGAUAGGUUCUCUCCUUUCCCUCAUAUUAUCCCUCCUUUCUUCUGGGUAAUUCUUAACUCAUACUUCGGCUGCGUCCCAAUUCUCUACCCUUGCACACACUCUCUCAUGGAUUUAACAAUGGUAGAAGAACACCACCCAACGACGGGGAGUGUGUAAGUGUACACUUCGGGAGAAAGGCUGAGAAUGGGGACAUGACCUCUGUCAUGUUUUCUGGCUCAUCUUGUUGACCCCUGUCCCCGCUCCUCUCAGUAGACCCAAGCCCAUGGACUCCAAGCCCAAACUGAAGCGUUCUCAGAGCUUUGGUGUGUCCAGUGCCAGCAGCAUCAAGCAGAUUCUUCUGGAGUGGUGCCGCUCCAAAACCAUAGGAUACCAGGUGAGAUUGUGGUCACAGAACACAGCUACACACCGGAACAGAGACCUGGGCCGUAUUCACAAAGCACCUCAGAGUAGAGGCUGAUCUAGGAUCAGGUCCCCCAUUAUGAAUACAGCCCCAUAGCAGCCAGUAACAAAGAUGAUGAAUAUGGAACUGUCAUCUGGUCACCUGAAAUCCACAACACAGGAGCAGUCUUAAUGUCUUUAAUGUGUUAAUGAGAAGCACAUUGCCAUGGGUAUGCUGCAUACUGAACUAAGCGUAUUAUUGUAGUAUAUUGAACGUUUGUGUGUGUGUGUGUGUGUGUGUGUGUGUGUGUGUGUAUGUGUCUGUGUGUGAACAUGCAUAUCCGUGUCUGUGCGUGAGUGUUUGAGUUACGGCUCAGUGCUAGGGUCGUUGGCUUCACUCUGUCAUUCACUCUGCAGCAGCAGCUGUGCCAGUCUGUCCAUGUGGCUCUGGUUAAACAGAGAGCUGUCACGGCCAAGGCCGGCCUCGCAGAGCAAACAGCACCGGCCGCUUCCCGCAGGCAGCUCCUCCUCACACUCAAAUUAGAGACCUGACUGGCGCUCGACAAACAUGACAAGUUGUAUUUUCCCACUGACACGCUGAGGCUUUUAUAGGCUAGGCUAAGGACACAAAAACCGUGAAAUUACACAGUUCUGAAAGCAUGUCCAAUUGGAGAGAGAGAGGGACGCAGGGAGAGGAAUUGAAGAUAAAAAACCAUUCAGCAUUCCUCCUCUGUUUUCCCCAUUAUGACAGAGAAACCUGGGAGAGGACAUUUCAUGACGUUAGAAUAGGUAGCCAAUCAUUUUUAUUGGCAUUUUUCGUAUGUCUGAUUUAUUCUUAAGUCUCUUUUACAGUGUCUCCGUAUUCCCUCACUAAACACAUGUGGAAAUACACCACACACACUCAGACAUGUACAGUCCAGACACACACGCGCACACGCACACACAACCACACACUCCUAACUCUGUCUCUCUGACCCCAGAACAUAGACAUCCAGAACUUCUCGUCCAGUUGGAGUGAUGGCAUGGCCUUCUGUGCCCUGGUCCAUUCCUUCUUCCCCACUCAGUAUGACUAUAACGUGCUGACGCCUGCUGACCGCAAACACAACUUUGAGCUGGCCUUCGGAACAGCAGAGUAAGUGACUUUUACAUUGUAAUAAGCGUUAUCUAUAUGUCCUGUAUAGUAUUUCUGAGCAUUAUACACACACCCAUGCUCUUCUGUCUUGAAUCAUGUUGGAAUGAUUCAUCCAUUCAUUAUGUAGAAACAUUGUAAGAUCAUCUCAGUUGUACAAUAUUUUAUGUAUCGGCCUAUUCAUGUGCAUUUCCAGUGUCGCUCUCCUUUUGGUUUGGUUAAGCAAAGAACACUACUAUGCUGUGCUUGUUAUAAUGGCGAACCCAAGUUACCUGCGUAAAUACAUUUAGAGUCACAGUGUCCCUGGCCACCAUACAAAUAGAAAUAACAUGAAUGGAAUCACUUUCAGAUUCCAUUAAUAGCGUUGAUACAUAAACGAUUGUACCACUGAGAUGAUCUUACAAUGUUUCUGUUGCAUCUUGGUAAAGAGUGUCUGUAGCCCGCACGUUAAGCCAGCAAGGCAGCCGCUACCAGAUAAUACCCUCUCCUCUCCCCACACUAACCUCCUCUUCUCUUCUCUUCCCUCUGCUCUGCUUCCUCCAGCCUGACCUCACUACUAACAACACCACUGCUGCAACACAGCCUCUCAUAAUCCUCCUGACACAUGGAUACAUACAGUACACAGAAAAAACAUAGAUCAAAAUCAUGUGUGCAUCUAACCAUAUGCAGAGAUAGUUCUAACACAUGAGCUUCUGUACAAUACCACAAAUUAGUCCACAUUGUUCCAUGUGAUCUAUUAGCCUGGUCCCAGGUCUGUUUGUGCUGUCUUGCCAACAACACCGAAUGAGUUGGGAAAACAGUUCAAAUAGACCUGGGACCAGGCUAAUGAUAUAUCAGCCCCGUUAACUAAGGAAUGACAUAGAUAGUCCUAGACUCCUCCUGACUUGUGCUGUGCCCUCUGUCUGAUACAGGGAGAAGGCGGGCUGUGACCGGCUCAUCGAGGUGGAGGACAUGAUGGUGAUGGGGCGCAAGCCGGACCCCAUGUGUGUCUUUACCUACGUCCAGUCCAUGUACAACCACCUGCGCAAGUUUGAGUGA